AUGCCUUCGCUGGUACGCCUCUUCGCAGGCGCCGCAUUACUAGCCACUGGCCUUGCUAUUCCUUCACCACAGGCACAAUUUAAUGUUGCAACAUCAAAUUUGACAGACGACGGCAACCAGCCCGCAAGUACCCAAGAACAGUCUCUCGUCCAGGCUGCUGUCGCCCCAUUGGGUGGUGCAGGAGGCCACGCAUACCACACGCCAGCAUGGCUGCCGUUUGGUCAAGGCACGAAACCGCAGCUGUCUCAGUCGCAGACGAAUGGUCGAAGCAAUCUUGGCACUUUCCAAGCGCCCAGGCUACCUUGGUUCAUUGGUGGUGGCCCGACGCCUCAGGGAUUCCCCUGGGGAGGUAGAACUGCCAAGAAUACCAACUACUACGACGAUGUGCCGAAUACUGGCAUAACGAGACGAUACGACUUUGCGGUCAGUGCAAUGACCAUAGCUCCUGAUGGCGUCGAGAAGCAAGGACUUGUCAUCAAUGGAGCGUUUCCUGGACCGACCAUCGAGGCCAACUGGGGUGACUGGUUCGAAAUAACCGUCCACAACAACCUCGAUGAAGGUACAUCUCUCCACUGGCAUGGUCUUUUGCAAAAAGACACGCCUUGGUUCGACGGCGUGCCAGGUGUGAUGCAGUGCCCUAUUGCGCCAGGAUCCAGCUUCACCUACCGCUUCCGGGCUGACCUCUACGGCACGAGCUGGUACCACUCUCACUACUCUGCUCAGUACGCUGGUGGUCUGUUCGGCCCAAUGAUCAUCCACGGGCCCAAAGACAAUGCACAAUACGAUGUUGAUCUCGGGCCUGUGAUGGUCAACGACUGGUUCCACAAGGAUUACUUCAGCUUGGUCGAGCAGGUCAUGGCUCCAGCUGCAGACAAGCUGCCUCCGCCUUUUAGCAACAACGUUCUGAUCAACGGCAAGAUGAACUAUCCUUGCGUCAACGCCACUGGCUACAAAUGCACGCCUAACGCUGGUGUGGCCAAAUUCUCGUUCGAGUCUGGCAAGAGCUAUCGACUGCGAGUCAUCAAUGCUGGCGCUGAGGGUAUUCAAAAGUUCAGCGUUGACAACCACCAGAUGACGGUCAUCGCCAACGACUUUGUGCCUAUUGUGCCAUACACCACCGACGUGCUCACUCUCGCAAUCGGACAGAGAAGUGAUGUUGUCGUCAAGGCGACUGGAAAGUCUACAGAUGCCGUCUGGAUGAGAUCGACUUUGGGGCCAAGCUUUUUUCAAGGAGGCUGUUCGCUUCACGAUGGCGUGUCUCCGACGGCUGUUGCGGCGAUAUAUUACGAGAAGGCCAACGCCACCGCCAUUCCCCAAACACAAUCUUCGGUCUCGCAGUCUGCUCUUACGACGUGCCAGAACGAUGAUCUUUCCAAGACUCAGCCUUACUACCCCAUCACGCCGCCUUCGAGACCGCAAACAUCGCAAAACCUUGAUAUUACCUUUAACAGCAACGGAACUCACAACCUCUUCUUCGUGAACAACUCAACCUUCCGCGUAAACUACAACGAUCCCGUCCUCCUGGACGCCAAAGUCGGCAACUACAAGUUCCCCUCCGAAUACAACGUCUUCAACUUCCACGAGUCCAACUCGAUCCGCCUCGUCAUCUACAACCACGCACAAACAGGAAGCCACCCCAUGCACAUGCACGGUCAUAAUAUGUACAUCCUCGCCGAAGGAACGGGAACCUGGGAUGGAUCUGUCGUUAAUGCGGGUAACCCCCAACGAAGAGAUGUCCACAUUCUGCCCAAUGCACCGAGUGCAACUGAGCCGACUUAUAUUGUCGUGCAGAUUGAUGCGGAUAACCCUGGUGUGUGGCCGCUGCAUUGUCACAUCGCCUGGCACGUCAGCGGAGGUCUCUACGUCAACAUCCUCGAACGACCUCGAGAUAUCCGUCGAGACAUGCAAAUUCCAUCAAUUAUGGCGCAGACGUGUCGGGAUUGGUCAACGUACACUGGACAGGAUGUGGUUGAGCAGAUUGAUUCUGGGUUGUGA